AUGGCAGCUCUAGACAUCAGACUGAAGAAAGUGAACAAGACCUACAGAGAGGGGGAGUUGCUGGCCGGUGUGGUUGUGGUACAGAGCAAGGGAGAGCUGCAGCACCAGGGCAUCAGCCUGCUCACUGAAGGCAUGGUCAACAUGCAGCUGAGUGCUAAAAGUGUUGGUGUCUUCGAGGCCUUCUACAACUCUCUCAAGCCAAUCCAGUUAUUGAGCUACACACUGGAAGUGGCCAAGCCUGGGAAGCUUCCACCGGGGAAGACGGAGAUUCCGUUUGAGGUGCCACUGAAGCCGAAGCCAGGCAAGACACUGUACGAGACUUACCAUGGUGUGUUUGUGAACAUUCAGUAUCUAGUACGAGUGGACAUGAAGCGGUCACUUCUCAACAAGGACUUGCAGAAGCAAACUGAGUUCAUCAUUGAAUAUAAGAGCCAGGAAGAGAAAGCCAAACCGAAAUUGAUAAAUUUUACUAUCACCCCGGAGACUCUGACGAAUGUGAAGGAAAAACAAAAUGUGCCCAAGUUUAAAGUCAAGGGCCACUUGGAUUCUUCUUGCCUUCAGAUAACAAAACCACUGACUGGAGAGCUGACAGUUGAACUCUGUGAAGCUGCUAUCAAAUCUAUAGAGAUUCAGCUGGUCAGGGUUGAGACAUGUGGCUGUGCAGAGGGAUAUGCCAAAGAUGCCACGGAAAUCCAGAAUAUUCAAAUCGCAGAUGGUGAUGUCGCACGAAAUGUAGCGAUCCCAAUUUACAUGGUUUUCCCUCGCCUCUUCACCUGUCCAUCACUUUCCACCAAUAAUUUCAAAGUUGAUUUUGAAAUCAACAUUGUCAUCGUGUUUGCUGAUGAUCAUCUAGUCACGGAAAACUUUCCACUCAAGUUGGCCAGGUUUUAG